ACGAUGAAUGAUCAUCUGACAUGUUGCCUAUUUCAAUAUAAGAAUAUGCUUAACAUUGUUGGAAUAGCAUGAUUACAAAAAUCUGCCCUUCAAAACUGUAUUACCCAUUGGUUUAUUACAUUCGUUUGGUAUCGUAAUUUUUCAAAUAAGAUUUCAAGGUCGCCCUUGAUGUAUCACAGGCAAGUGCAUUUUCAAGUGAGUGAGUGUACGACUGUAGCAUUUUACAGUUAACAUUACAUAAAAAUACAUUGGUGGUUAUGCAUUUUCUACACUAGAUAUCGAUGAAUGUGAAGCAACUGAUGCCACCAAACAUGACUGCCACGAACAUGCAGACUGUUUUAAUACGCCUGGAUCCUUCACCUGCUCAUGCAAGUCUGGCUAUGUUGGAGAUGGAAAGACCUGUACACUUGGCGUGUGCUCCUCUAAUGGCAACGAAUGUUUAAAUGGUGGGACAUGUAAUAUCCCCUCGGGCUGAGCUGCUAGUACAUGUAGCUGUGCAGCUGGAUUUACUGGUACACUUUGUGAAAGCAACAUUGAUGAGUGCAGUACAAGUGCUGAUGACUGUGAUACAAACGCUGACUGCACAAACACGGAAGGAUCCUUCACCUGCACAUGCAAGUCUGGCUAUGUUGGAGAUGGAAAGACUUGCACAGAGGGUGUGUGUUCUUAGGGAGGGACAGAAUGCAUCAAUGGAGGAACAUGUGACACAAGCAGCACUCCUACCACGUGUGAAUGUGCGGACGGUUACACAGGAGACACCUGUCAGAAUGCUGGAGGUACGGUGAAGAUUUCAGCAUACCUAAUGGCGUUGACUGUUCUCACCUUUUUCGUCAUCCUGUGAAAUGACCACACACUGACUGCCGCAACCUGCUUGAACUGCGUUCUUGUUUGAAGUGUUGAAAUGAAAUAUGCUGAUGAAAGAAAUUAGGGAACAAAAUUUAAGCGAGUCAUGUGAUGUUCGGCAAUGUAUUCAUCACACCAGAUACUAAAAUGUCACUCACUGAAAUGAUUUUAAAUCAAAGAUAUUUACAUUUAAGUAAACAUUUUCUGCUAUAAUUACAAGGUUUCGUUAUUUUGCUAUAUGUGUAUACCAUUGCUAACGUAUUCCGUUUUGUUCGAACAAAGUAUGUAUUAGUUUGUUGUGUUCACUUCCGUGUUCUGUUACCAUACAAUGGUGACUUUUGAUUCACGUGGAAUAAUCACUGACUAUGUACUGAUUGUUAUCAUCUCACUGUAGGUAAAAAGGCAAAAUUCCUCCCUGCAUACUUCGGCUACUGAUAACAUGUUACUGAUGACGUGGACCUCUCUUCGAGUGACCACUGACACAAAGUAAAUGUGAUCUACUUUUUACCUAUAGUGGCACAGUGACACUCAAUAUCCACUUAAAAAUCUUCAGAUGUACAGUCAUGUUUUAUUUCCAAUUUUUGUAACUCUUAACGAAUAAACAUCAA